GACGGGGAGCGCACUUCCAGGCUUUCCCAGCAACGGAACGCUGGAGACGGAAAAUGGUCGCGACUUUCACUUCUUGGGAGAGGCCCGGUUCUUGACGUCCCUGCCGGGCAUCUACCGAAUCUGCUAUUGCCGGCCGCAGGCGGAUGAUCCGACGAAGGAGGCGGAUUCUUGCAAGGGGCCUUCGAGCUACAAAGCUGCUGUGGGACUGAUGACGGUGAAUGGUCCAUUGCAGACGACGACGACCUGUGCCUUGGGCAGCGCCUGCGAAGUCACCAUCCAGGGAAUCGACCUAGCCGCAGGCGACGCGAUUAUGAUCGUUGAUGGGCCUUGUGGAGAAGGAGGAGGCUUGGAGGCGCUGGGAUUUCCAGACUUAGAGACCAGCGUCACCUUGCAGUCUGGCGAUUCCGGCUACCUCGCUAACCUGGGAAAUAUUCCAACAGCAGCAUCGCCAGGCGUUUACACCAUCUGCUGGUGCCCAGUGGCCAAUGCAUCGGACUGCCGAGCCAGGAGGCAGUUCCGCGCGACGGCUGGCGAAUUACAUGUGACGUGCCCUCCUGGCUACUAUGGAGUAGGGCCCACCACAGGUCGUCGAUGUGGCCCCUGCACGCGUGGCUUUCACUGCGCGGGAGGCGAAGUGAACGUUGCGACGCGUAUCGCCUGCGGGCCGGAUCAGACGACCCGAACCUCUGGCGCU